AAUCGAGAACUUUGUCUAAUUAGUUUGAAAUAAGUGUUUGGGAAAAAUGCACUCUAUAAAAAUAUUCUUGGCUAUCAGCCUGAUUUGUACCGUUGCCUUUGCUUGGGACUCUGGUAGCCUAAAACAAUUGGAGGGAGAUGAUUUAACGGCUGCCAACGAACUUUUGACCAAAAACUUCCACAAACUGCUUGGUCCCAGGUACAAUAUCAUUCAGUGGUUUCCUACAAAGUCUUCGACUAGCAUUUUUUAUAAAUAUGUUGUGGACAUUUCUGAUGGCUCCCACCGGAAUGAGUGCACCUUUACCAUCACGCAAAAUGUUCCCCCCGUUGAGAAUUACAACAAGAUCGAUAUGAUGUGCCAGGGAAAACUAGAACUGAAAACUGAAUAUUGGUAAUUGGUCAGAUAAUGCAAUAUCUGAAAGUAAAUCCUAUAUUUAUAUAUUUUUACAAAUAAAUUAAUCUUCUGGAAAACGCCAA